CCUGUCUCCAUUUGCAGGGUUGGUCUCUUUACAACUCUCUCUCUCUCUUCUCUCUAUACGUACGCCUAUACGUGUAUAACAUAGAUAUAUAUAUAUAUAAGCACACUUCUAUACGAAGUAAGUUUGAAAAAGAGGAGAGAAAAAGUUGAACCAACUCAUGGAAGCGAAGAAGGUGAAAGAGGAAGUCAUGCGACAACACCACGAAACUCAAACUUGUAUUGAAGAAGAAGAGUACAUGGCUUAUUCUCACUCUUCUGUCUCUGUACCAAACCUCGUCGAUUCUUCUCCAAAGAUUAAGCGGAAGCCGCCUUUGAGGAUCAAAAGGAAAAAGCGUUCAACUCUCAAAUCUAAAAACGCUAAGCAAGUAAUUUCAAAAAAACUGGGGAAAUCUGGAAGCUGUAAAAAGAAGAGGACAAAGAUUGAUGACUUGUAUGACAAUGUGGAAGCUAAGUUUUCUGUAAUGGACCGGGCAGAAGAGGUUUUGACAAAUCUAGCAGCUGACUUCCCUUGCUUUGCUAAGUGUAUGCUACCUUCAAAUGUUGCAUAUAGCUUUUGGCUUAUUCUUCCUGCAAAAUUCUGCUAUGUACAUUUGCCAAGGCAUGAUACCACAGUUACUUUGGUGGAUGAAUGUGGGGAAGAGUUCGAAACAAAUUAUUUAGUGAACAGGCAUGGACUGAGUGGUGGAUGGAGGGCAUUUUCCAUGGCUCACAGAUUACUCAAGGGAGAUCAUGUGGUAUUCCAAUUGGUUGGAUCUUGCAAAUUAAAGAGUGUUUUGAAAAUAAUAGGAAGGGGGGAAAAAGAAAGAAAAAAGGUAAACAUAGUGAGAGUAUAUGGUUUAGACGAAGUAGACGCUGCUCUUUGCCUUAUGAAUUUAGUUGCUCAUGCAAAAGGAAAAGAUGCUGAUGGUGCAGUUAAACAUAUAAAGACUAGGAAAAAGGCAUGGAAGUCUAAGGAGCCUCUGUUGCUGGACAUUCAUAAUGAAAAUGUUCAAAAGAAUUACUCAAAUGUAUCAACUUCCAAUAUUGGGCUUGCAGCAGAUCAGUCUGAAAAUAACAGUGAUGGUUUCGGCUCUGAAGUUUUUGAAGGCUGCUCAGAGAUCUCCAACCGGUUCCGACUCAGUGAGUUAUGCUGGCGUCAAAAUUCAUAUCCGCAAGGCCAUAUUCUGGAGGGCGUCAAUUGUAGGCAAUGUGACUCGAGCAAUUUCUUGGGGCUGAGCACGGUUGUGAGUGGUGAAUUCAAACGUAGGCUGUGAGUGUGCAUUGGUUGGUUGUCGCCAAACCUAACAUUCCUCAAUUGUAAAUAUAUUGUACUAGUAUUAAAUUAUGACAAGUAUGGACAAGUUAUUUUAUAUG